AUGCCUUGCAUAGAGGACUGGCUCACUGACCCCCUCAGUGUUAUUGAAGGAAUAUUCAAUGAAUCAGGAAGCCCAGAUCAUGAAAAAGUCGGCGAGUUUUUCUCGAGUCGAUUGCAGAAGAGCGAAGCUCUCCUACGAGUUCCUUCUUUGAAUGACAUUCCAAGUCAUCUUUUGAAAUCAAAGAAUUUAGUUAGAUUCCGAUGCAUGGUGCAGGACAUGUUCGAUCCUGAGUUCUACCUGGCCGUGUAUGAAACCGUGAGCAAGGUGGACAACUCAUCGAAAUUGCGGUGUGGAAUGUACCAAGAUGUCGUCAGAUGUCCUGAAAAUUUUGAACUUCGCCUAGAGUCACCGAAGAACGUAACCAAAGAGAGGCAUAUAUUUUACUGCGUACCGAUACCAGGAGAGACUGACUGGGCGAGAAAAGCAUUUGCAGGGAGAAGAGAAGCUUCAAACUCCGAAGCACAAGCCUCUGAGCGGAAGAACACAGUGCUCAAAAGAGAUCUCGAGGAAGACAUGGACGAUGAAAAUACCCCAGCUGUUCAGCGUGGUAAGUGCCUUUAUCACUGCUUCAAGAGCGGUCCCUUUUGAAUCAUUAAUUUCAAACCACGAUAAACACACAAACAAAGAAACUAUCAAUUUUUAGUUCCCUCUAUGUUCAGUAGGAUAUUUUACUGAAUUUAUAGGUAAAAUGAUGGGAAAGAAAAUUGUGUUUACAAUAGCAGUAAUUCAUAUUUACACCUGACAAGCUAAAUUAAUUGCAAUCUUUUCAUAAGCCUCUAUUCCAAAAUAAACCAGAUCUUGAAUAGAUUCAAUUAUCAAAAUGAAAAACAGUGGAUUAAAAAUUGCUUUUUAGCAAUAUACACAAAUUAAAAAGGGUAUAUUUGAAAAUGUCAUGGCAUCGCAUAUCUUGCUUCUUGCUUCUCUGCACCUGGUAUUUCCCAUUCCAAUGUCUCAAGUCCAUUAAUACCUAGCCUGAGGGGCUAGCAUAGAAGGUUCCAGAUCGCAAAAAUUCCCCCCUCCCUCCUAACUUUUGGAAUUUAAAAGGCAACAUGUAAAUAGGCUCUGAAUUUUAUUCACCUUCUCUUUCAAAAUAAGCAAAAUCUUCCUAUAGAAUAUGGGUUUUAUCUCAAAGAGGAUAAACAAACUACAGUUGUUUUAAAGAGUUGGUUUUGAGCAUCUCAGAAAGGAUUGUUGUUUCUCUCAGAAUUGGUCUUCAUAUUAUUUCCCCGACCCUGCCCCUCUACCUCUUACCCCAUGCCUUUCAUUAUUACCACCCUUAGAAUAGCACCCUAAUUUAAAUUCAUUUCCUCCUGUAGGGUGGCAAGUGCCUCAUGAUGCCUGCAGUGAUGAUGCUAAAAGAUCAAGACCCAGUGACACAUCAGGUGGUAGUAAUGUUCCAACCCAUCAGUUAAGCACUGAUCUAAAUUUUCCUCUCCCGAACGAGCAUGGCCCAGCUUGCCUUGUCCAUGUCUAUGAUCAAGAAAGUACUCUGAAGGUAAAUGACAUGGUAGAGUUCAUUGGUGUGUUGUCAGUUGAUCCUUGUCUUGCUGUGUUCAAUGAUGAUGAUAUGGGAGAUGGUAAUGAGCAAGGGCCAUUAGGCCCUGCCCAUGAUGACUUAAUCACUCCAGAGGAACAAGCUGUUCAUCAUCCACCUCCUUCACUAGUGCCACGGCUGCAUGUGUUAGCAUCUCGCAAUCUAGUCCACUCUAACCCAUCUAUCCCCAGCAGCAUUACAGGAGAGGCAUCUGUUCCUAUUUUGCAGCAGCUUGCUGAUGUAAGAGGUGAGUUGGUGUCUCUGCUGACCCAGCUCAUGAGUGGUGAUAGCCUAGCUGCAGAGUACUUGCUCCUCCAUUUGAUUUCCUCAGUUUACAGCUGGACAGGAAUAAUGCCUGUUGGAAAGUUUACUUUAAAUGUCAGUGGGUGUCCAUCCUCAGACUCAUUUCCGAGAGAAAUGCACAAGCUUGUGGAGUACCUUGUACCUAAGUGUCAUUUCCUGUCCAUGACCUUAAACAACAUGAACUCACUGAACUUUGUCCCCAAGAAAGACUACACAGCAAAUCGUCUUAAGAGCAGCAUCCUUCAGUUGUCCCAAAGCACCAAUUUGAUUGUGGAUGAGACAGCUUUGCAAGCAGGCCAACUGAAUGCAAAUGGUGUCAAAAAUGUCACAGCCCUGGGAAAUGUCAUCUCCUGGCAGAAACUGGAGUAUGACUUCAAUUUUUACAAAGCAGACUUCACCACCAAUCUACUGAUACUGAUCCUGUCAGAAGGAAAGUCACUGCUUCCUGCAGAUUGUCACAUGGCUCUCAGACCCCACCAAUCGCCCCAACCUGUGGAGAGGGCUUUGAGCAGGAUCUCAGCGGUCACCAUGGAGCGCAUGCGAGCAUUCUUGGGUGUAGCACGUCUGGCAGAGUAUUCUUUGUCCUCUGAGAUGCAGAAGAUUCUUCAGGAUGACUUUGUGAAAAGCAGGCAAGAAAAUCAGAGCAACAUGACAGCUGAGGACUUCCAUCUCUUGCUUUUGUUGUCACGGCUCAUGUCUCUGAGUCACGGGCAAAGCACCUUAACACCUGAGAUGUGGAACCAGGUUAAACAGAUGGAAAAAGAGAGGAGAUCUAGACUUAUCUGUUAG